UGAGCUGUCAAAAUUCUGCAAGGUCUCUUUCGCCAUCUUGACUGCAUUGAGGUUUUGUAUCAUCUGUGUUCAGAUCCUCGUUUGCACAUCAGCUGUAAGGAAAUGGUGUUCCAAGGAGGCAGCGGGUUCCGAGGCAAUGACCGCAGGGGCGGAGCCGGCGGCGGUGCUGGCGGCGGUGGCUUCAGGGGCCGGCCGGGCUCCUCCGGGGGCCGGUUCGGCGGGGGCGACGACUGGCGAGGGGCCAACGGCAAGAGCCAGCCGGGGGGCAGCCUCAGCAAGCCCAACUGGGACAUGAGCAGCCUGCGGCCCAUCGCCAAAAACUUCUACGUCCCCCACUACAACGUCCUGAACAGGCAACCGAACAUCGUGGAGGACUACAGGAACAGCAGGGAGAUCACGGUGCGAGGCGACAACGCUCCGUCUCCGCUGCUGCAGUUCAACGAGACCAACUUCCCUGACUACCUGAUGGAGGAGAUCCGCAAGAACGGGUUCUCGGAGCCCACGUCGAUCCAGGCGCAGGGCUGGCCCAUCGCGCUGAGCGGCCGGGACAUGGUGGGCAUCGCCCAGACGGGCUCGGGCAAGACGCUGGCCUACAUGCUGCCCGCCACGGUGCACAUCAACCACCAGGAGAAGCUGUCCCGGGGCGACGGCCCCAUCGCGCUGGUGCUGGCGCCCACGCGUGAGCUGGCCCAGCAGAUACAGACGGUGGCGCGCGACUUCGGCUCGUCGUCCUUCAUCCGCAACACCUGCGUCUUCGGCGGCGCCCCCAAGGGCCCGCAGUGCCGCGACCUGGAGCGCGGCGUGGAGAUAGUGAUCGCCACGCCCGGCCGCCUCAUCGACAUGCUGGAGCGGGGCGUGACGAACCUGCGGCGCUGCACCUACCUGGUGCUGGAUGAGGCAGACCGCAUGCUCGACAUGGGCUUCGAACCCCAGAUUCGCAAGAUUCUGGAGCAGAUCAGGCCGGACCGGCAGACGCUGAUGUGGUCCGCGACGUGGCCCAAGGAGGUGCGCAACCUGGCAGAGGAGUUCCUCAACAACUACAUCCAGGUGAACAUCGGCUCGCUGCAGCUGUCGGCCAACCACAACAUCAUGCAGAUCGUCGACGUGUGCCAGGAGCACGAGAAGGAGAGCAAGUUGAAUACCUUGCUGCAUGAAAUCGGAAGCGAGCCGGGAGCUAAGACCAUUAUUUUCGUGGAGACAAAGAGGAAAGUGGAGGAUAUCACUCGCAGUAUUAGGAGGUUUGGGUACCCCGCUGUGUGCAUGCACGGGGACAAGUCCCAGCAAGAGAGAGACUACGUGCUACGAGAGUUCCGGAACGGCGUCAGCUCGAUCCUGGUGGCGACGGACGUGGCGGCGCGCGGACUAGAUGUGGAAGGAAUCAAGUUUGUGAUAAACUUUGACUACCCGAACUCGUCGGAGGACUACAUCCACCGCAUCGGGCGCACGGGCAGGAACCAGGCGUCGGGCACGUCCUACGCCUUCUUCACGCCGUCCAAUGGCAGGCAAGCACGCGACCUCGUGAACGUGCUGCAGGAGGCCAACCAGGCCGUCAGCCCCAAGCUGCAGGAGCUGGCCAAUCGCGGGGGCUUCGGCGGCAAGGGCAACGGCUGGGGCAACCGCUUCAACAGGGACGGAGGCUUCGGCGGCGGAGCGCGGCGCUGGGGCGGGGCGAGCGGUGGGGGUGGCAGCGGCGGGCGCGAGGGGGCGGGCAGGGACGGGGGCCGGAGCCGGCCGUCGCGCUUCUCGUCGGCCGCCGGCGACGACAUGAAGCUGGCCAGCACGCUGGUGCAGAACAUGUACAACCCCACGGCCGCCAGCAGCAGCCUGGUGCGGCAGUUCCUGCAGCAGCCGCCGCCCCCUCCCCCCGCCCAGCACAACUUCAGCGCGUACGGCUACGGCCAGAGCCAGGCCGUGCAGCAGUGAGGGCCGCGCCAGUAUUAUCUCGAGCACUGCUCCUUCGUUCCUCGACUGUUGCGCCGCGCCCGUGCCCGCGUCUGUGAUAGACUCGUUUCACUUGCAUUUCUCUGUUCGUGUUGUGUGUGCUGUUUUUAUUACAUGCUGAUGCGAGCAGAUUUCUUUUUUUAUUUGUGCAGAACUACUUUUCAAAUUGUAUGUAGAUUAAAUCCCAAUGCAAAAUUUAGAUUUUUAUUCAGGAUGUCCAGAUUAGCUUAAAACUUAAUCCACUUUUGUGGUAGUCUUAAUGGCUUUGCACAUUUUAUUUGAAUUUAAAGUUAAAAUUUUCCUAAUUUUGCUUUUCAUUCACCAUUACUGUUAACUAAGAAAGCUUACCAUCAUUUUACUGUUAUCAGCCAUUUGUUUUAGAAAUGAGUUGUUAACGUUUGAUCUGAGCGGCAGAGUUGAACAAAUUGAUGUUAAGACUUUACGUUUUGAGUUUUUCUAAAGUCAUUGUACUUUUAUUUUGUUAUUUUUUGUUUUUAAAGAAAAGCCAUUGUGUGGGUGUAUAUAAAGACUGUUGCAAAAAAUUUGGUACCAAAUACAAUCUUAUCUAUUUACUUUGUGUUUUUGAUUUUGGUGUAACCAAUUGCCCAUCUAACCAUGUUCACAUACCCAUUAAUAGUUUCAGACAUGCUAAUUAGGUAUUUUGGCUUGAAGCUGAACUCUUAGUGGAGAAUGUUGUCUUAUGUAUUCCUUUUAAUGGGCAAGAAAGGCAAGCUUGGUACACCCCCAUGUAAUAUUUGCUUUUUGAUUGUACCCUUUUGUUUACGAGGUUACCUUUGAAUUGGUAAAGUAAUAGCAGUUAACCUUUAUUCAUUUUAGUUCUGCACGUGGAAAAGUAGUCCCUGCACUACAGAUGUAGCUACAGCUGAUGCAGCCUUCUUUGCAUAUAGUAACUUAAAUGAAAUAUAACAGGAAAGUGUAAUUGCUUCAUGUGAACUGUUGGUUAACAAACAUUAUUUCUCUUGUGCAUUUGUUUGUGUGGCAUCGCGACCGUAGUCAAGCUGCUAAGGGGUUUGCAAUGUGUGUUGAAAGGUUGUCUAGGCUGGGGAACAGUGCUCUAUUUAAUCCUGUCAUUUUCAUUGUGUUAGUGACAUUUUAACAUCCGUAUGGGGUAAUAUCUGUGUUCCCAUAGAAUCACAGCUCAGUAUAAGUGAUGUAUAUGCACAUUAUCCUUAAGGAUUUUUGUUUUGAAUUUCAGCACUGCUUGGGAAUUCAAUAAUUUAAGUGGCAUUAUUUAUGUGACUAGGUUUGGUUUCUACAAAUAAGUUUGUUAUUAGUUUGCAUUCUGUUUUUUGUCUCAAGUCCGCAGGAGCUGUAGACGUGUUCUUGAUUGCCUGAAGAAUCACUUGUAACUUACAUUCUUUCAAAUAAACAAAUUGGUGUUUCA